UUUCUUCUCUUAUCUAUGGUUUAUUAUUUAUAUGUGUGACUUGUGUAAGCAGUUUACAGUCAAAAAUGUACGUAAUUAUUUAAAAAUGUCUUGAUACAGUGCUAAUUAUACUUAUUUCAUUGAUAUAAAUUUUAUCUCCGUACUAUUUCAAAAGAAAGUUAAUAAACCAAUGAUGGGAGGUUAUGUACCCCUUUCUCAAUUGGGUGCUGUAUUGUUACGAAUGGUUUUAAAAGUUUGGGCAUAUUCUGGAUUAGUUCUAGUAGUUUGUUUUUUACUCUAUUACAUGUAUGGUGGAAUAUUUGCAAUAUCAUUAUUAAUUUUCGCUGUUACAGGUAUUUUAUACCAAGUUCAAGAUAAUCUUCUUUACUCUCCGGAAUUGCCAAGUCACUCUAGGGUCUAUAUCCCAAUACCAUCCAUGUUUGGCCUUCCAUUUGAAAGUAUUAAUCAUAAAUGCCCAGAUGGUACUACAAUACAUAUGUACUUUAUUCAUCAGCCUAAAGAAAGACAAAGAUUAGCACCGACAUUAGUCUUUUUCCAUGGAAAUGCUGGUAACAUGGGUCACAGGUUGCAAAACUGUGCAGGACUGUAUCAUAAUUUACAUUGUAAUAUUUUGUUAAUUGAGUACAGAGGCUAUGGUUUGUCAGAAGGUCAUCCAUCUGAAGAGGGCCUUUAUAUAGAUGCAAAAGCAAGUCUUGACUAUUUAUUUUCAAGGAAUGAUGUAAAUCAUUCUGAAAUUGUAGUUUUUGGAAGAUCCUUAGGAGGUGCUGUGGCAAUAGAUUUAGCAAUUAGAGAAAACUACAGUAAUAGGAUUUGGUGUUUAGUAGUUGAAAAUACAUUUACCAGUAUACCUGAUAUGGCAAGAGUUUUGUUAGGAUGGAAAAUAUUACAAUAUUUUCCAAUAUUUUUUUACAAAAAUAAAUAUUUAUCUUAUCAAAAAGUAAAACAAAUAAGAAUUCCCACAUUAUUCAUCUCCGGCCUAUCAGAUAGUUUAGUCCCACCAAAAAUGAUGCAAGAAUUAUAUGAAAGAUGUAACAGCAUAAGAAAGCAGCUCUUUCAGUUACCAGCAGGCACGCAUAACGAAACAUGGCAGCUGCCCGGAUAUUAUCAUGCCAUUGCUCUGUUUUUACAAAACUGUAGGAUAUCUGCAUUGAUGAGACAAGCCAGCAUCGAUAUGGAUACAAAAUCGGACAGCGGUUACAGCAGCUUAUGGAAUGGCGUGCAGGAUAUCUAACAGAGAGAGAAUGUUUGACUGAGUUCUUUUACACUAUCGAUAAAAUCGAAGUAGGUUUUUUGGUGAUACUUUUAAAACUAAUUAGUUUUAGUUUAAUUAAAUAUAUCAGCCCUUCUUUCUAUAAGUUAUUUUUGUGAUAUAAUUAGACGAUCAAAUUUUUUUAAUGCCUGCGUAGAGCUAUGAAAUUAAGGACUUUUGUCUCUUGUUUUUUUCUCGCAAAGCUUUAAUUUUCCAGACCGUAGGUUAAGUGUGCGAACACAGUGCAAGCAGGUUUGCCGCUUACCGGUAGUCGGCGCCAGUCUGGGUACCUAUUCUUGACAUCGUUCGGAACUUUGCGUAUACGCAUCACGUGUAUUGUUAUAAACAGGGUAUCCCAGAAAUAAGUGCAAGUAUUUUAAGGGGUGGUCGAUAAAAGAAACAUAUUUUCUCUUUAUCGUUUUUCAAAUAAGUCCAAAAUAACAGAGUUAUUUUACUUUGAAAAUUUCCAAAAAAAAGAUGAUUUUUUGCUAAAAUUUUGAGAACCACUGGAUCUUUUCUGGAUUUUCUUUCUUGUAAAUUUAAUCUACUACCUAUGUUGCCAUAUUAUCAAGAAAUUAUAUUUUUUUAAAUGAAAACU